GGCGUGCACGCAGCAGGAACAUGAGGAAGAUUGCGCUGAGGAGGAUGCAGAGCGUACACACUGUGGGAACCACAAUCUCUGUUACCAUCUCCAUGUGGCCUAUCAGCGGAUCUGAAACACAUGAAUGGAAAUCAAGCUGGGGUCUGUGCUCCAACGUGCCUUCUACGGGUCCAGUGGGAGGGUGACCCUUUUCGAGCAGCGGAACUUCGCCGGCCGACGGCUGGACCUGAGUUCUGACUGCACCAGGCUCAGUGACAAGAACUUCCCAGAGAGAUGUAACUCUGUGCAGGUGGAGAGCGGAGCAUGGAUCGGUUACGAGCACGAGAACUUCCGGGGCCGUCAGUACCUGUGGGACAUGUCCGAACGGGGAGAGUACAACUGCUACGACAAGUGGUGCGCUCAGGUGGACCACGUCUCCUCUGUCCGCGCUGUCAAACAGGACAACAACCCUGCCAGAGCUCAGCUGUUUGAGCGAGGCAGCUUCUCCGGUAAGAAGAUGGAGAUCCAGGAUGACAUCCCCAACCUGAUGAGCCGUUACAGCCUCAACAGAGUCGCCUCCAUCCGCGUGCUCGGAGGAGCGUGGGUGGUGUAUCAGGAGCCGAACUACAGAGGGCCUCAUUACGUCCUGGAGAAGCGUGAUUACAACAACUUCUCUGACUGGGGCAGCCAGAGCAACACUGUGGGCUCCAUGCGCCGAGUCCGCUUCAACUAAACACCACCUGAUCUGCAGAGUCCUGCCAACAGGACUUCCCAACGAACACAUGAAACCUGUCAGCUUUACAUACAGCUUAUUUUAGUAAUAAAUUGUAAAAAGACAAA